AUGUCCGCUGAAACGUCUACCCCUGCCAAUGGCGGAUCUCUCGCCGCUAUGUUGGAGCAGCAGCACGCCCGCGACGAGGUGCACAAGCCCACGGUGGAGGAAGUUGUGGAUGAGGAGGAUGUCAAACACCUUCCUCCCUCCGCCGCGCAGCCAGUUGAGCCUCUCCUUGUAGAUGCCAACACUCCCGAGCCUACACCCGCCCAAACUGCCUCCCCAUCCCCCAUUCCUAAGCCCGCCACUAAAAAGGCCCCCGCCUUUGAUGUGCAAUCCGAGGAAUUGUUCCCAGCUUUGGGCAGUGGUCCCAAGCCUACUGCCCCCGCGGCCGCUACGUGGGGUGCGAAGAAGCCUUCCGCGACUGCGGCUGCCACAAAUGGAUCACCCGCAAAGCCAAUGGAGAUUCCUCGUAUCAUGGCCCUGCCCGGGAAGCACAUGGAGCAGCUGCGCCUAGCCCCUUCUCAGAUGCAACCCCGCGGAGAAUUGAGGAAGCCCCUCCGCGACAUUCUUCGCGACAUUUCCCGCAGAUCCAAGGCCAACGUUGAUAUGCGCGGCGGCCCUGGUGGGUCAAUAAUAUUCGAAGGAAAGGGUUCCGUGGACGCAGUGCGCCAGGCUCUCCGUGAGGUGGCUCAACAGGUCGGAUCCAAGCAAUCCGUCCGUGUUCCCGUUCCUACCUCCGCGCGCGCUCACAUCAUUGGCCGUCAAGGUGCCGUUGUGCAGGAUAUUCAAACCCGCACCGGUGCCCGUGUGCAGGUGCCCCGUGCCGACGCCAACGCUGCCGGAGCUGACGAUGACGACGAUGAUACCAUUGACAUUGUGAUUGAGGGAGAUGCCGUGUCUGCGGAGAUGGCCCGCCGCGAGAUCGAGGCUAUCGUCAAGGAGCGCGGCUCGAACAUGAGCUUCCGAUUGAAGACUGUUCCUCCUGAGUUCUUCCCCUUCAUUGCGGGUGCUCACGACGCCAAUGUGCGGGCCCUGGAGGAGCGCACGAAGGCCCAGAUCAAAGUUCCUCGUUAUGAUACCUGGUCGACCCAGCCCCCUCCCCCGGAGGCCAACCCUGGCCAGGUCCAGUUCGUGGCUGUGCCUGAUAAGCACAUUCUGAUCUCUGGCGAACGGGCUGCCGCCCAGGAGGCUCGUGCCGAGAUUGAGCGAUUGGCUGCGCAGUUGCGCCAACGGCUUACCCUGCGCCAGCUGGCGAUCAACCGUGGUCAGCACCAGUUCAUUCUGGGCAACGAGGCCGAUGCGCUGCACCAAUUUGUUGCACAGACUGGAUGUGCGAUUGUCUUGCCCCCUCCCUCGGACGAUAGUGAGUUCUUGACUAUCACCGGUCCCCUCGACCAGAUUGAGGCUGGUAUCGAGCAUGCGAUGGAUCUCGCCACCAGCAUGCAGAUGGCUAGCAUCGAUUUGUCUCGCCAGCACCCCUCUGCGCCCGCCGGUCCUCACGCCCACGCCAGCGCUCUCUCCCAGUACCUUCGUCGCCGCCAGGUCAUUAAGGAACUCGAAAAGGCCUAUGAUGCUCACAUCGCGCUUCCUCCCAGCGUGGGCGGGCCCGUCACUUGGGAGGUGUACUCCCGUGACGGCAAGAACACUAUCCGUGCCCGUUCCGAUAUCAUGAGCCUGGUCCAGGCUCUCCCGCCUUCCAGACUUCGUCACGUUCCUGUGGACCCAUACUUCCACCAGUACCUGCGGGACCGAAGCGCCAGCACCCUUCAGGGUGACUAUGGCGUCCACCUGAUGAUUCCCGAUGACAUCAACUCCCCUGAGGUCGUCCUCGUUUACGAGGGUCCAUCCGCCACGGCCUCCCAUUUCGAGGUCCCCAGACAGCGCCCAUCUCCCGCAGAUAUCGCAGCCUUCGAGAAGAGUCUGCAAGAGGCUCAGGACUUCCUCUUGCGCAGCCUGGGUGACCAGCAGGACAUUGUUUCUAAAUCGGCUUCCAUCCCGGCUAAGUACCAGGAGAAGGCACGCAAGUUCAUUGCUCGCGAGCAGGAGGCCAAGGGCCAGGAGAGCAUCCCCGUUCGUGCUAUCAUUGGUGAAGCAAAGGGCGCUAAGUGCGAGAUUUCUCUCCGGGGUCCCUCGGCCCAGGUUGCUGAACUUAUCCAGAAGCUUGAAGCUUUCGUCGUGGAGCAGGAGCAGGAUGACCUGGAGCGUGGUUACACCAUCAGCUUCGACUUCCCCCAAAAGUACGCUAACUUCCUGAUUGGCAAGCGUGGUGAGAACAUCAACAAGCUUCGCGAGGAGUUCGACGUGGACAUCAAGGUGGAGAACGGCAAGGUCGAGGUCAAGGGGCCAAAGGCUAAGGCGGAUGCUACCCGCAUGCGCAUCAUGAACAUGGCGAAGAAGUUGGAGGAUGAGACCACCCACAUCCUCAAGGUUCCUGCCCAAUACCACCGUGAGCUGAUUGGCCAGCGUGGAAACCAGGUCAACCGUCUCGAGACCCGAUACUCCGUUCGCGUCCAGUUCCCUCGCGCAACUGCUUCCAACGACGAGACUGAGACCAGCAGCGAUGCUGGUGCUCGCCCCCAGCGGACUCAGCAGGCUCCUGAUGAGGUUCUUAUCAAGGGUCCCAGCAAGGGCGCCGACUCUGCUCGUGACGAGAUCCUCAGCUUGCUGCAGUAUGUCAUUGAGCACGGUCACUCUGCCUCCGUCUCUGUGGCCCAGAGCCAGAUCGCAUCGUUGAUCGGCCAGCGCGGCCGUGAGAUGGACAAGCUUCGUGCUGAUACCGGUGCCCAGAUCGAUGUUCCCAACGCUAGCGAUGCGCCGGAUGCAUCGGGCCGCGUGGAGAUUCGCGUUAAGGGUACUAAGCAGCAAGUUGCGGAGGCAAAGAAGAUUCUGCAGCAGCGGGCUAGCGAGUUCGAUGCUACGGUUACCAAGACUAUUGAGGUUGAUAAGAAGUACCACAAGGCUUUGAUUGGCGGAGGCGGUGCCAACAUCCGCAAGAUCGUCACCGAAGCUGGUGGCCCGACUGACGGCAGCGCCGCCCGAAUGGUUCGCUUCCCCCGUCCCGAGAGCACCGAAUCAACCAUCCGUCUCGAGGGCAACGGCAAGGUUGUUGACAACAUCAUCACCGCAAUCGAUGAGUUCGUGAAGGAACGCCAGGACCAAAUCACGGAGGUCAUCGACGUCCCCACCGCGCAGCACCGCAUGCUAAUCGGCCGCGGCGGCGAUACCCGCCGGGGCAUUGAGUCCAAGUUCAACGUGACUAUGGAUAUCCCCAAGCAGGGCUCUGGCCGCACCGAUGUCAAGCUCAAGGGCCCCAGCAGCGCCGUGGAGAGCGCCAAGGAGCACCUCAAGUCCAUGCUGAAGGAGCAGCACGCCGAGACGAUCGAGGUCCCCAGCCACUUGCACCACGCUAUCGCCGACAACGGUCAAAUCUUCCGUCGCCUGCGCAACGACCACCAAGUCACCGUCGACCACGCCGGCCAGCCCCUGCCCGUUUCUGCCCCCUCCGCCACCGAAGACACUCGCCGUAAGCCCGAAGGCACCGACAUGCCCCUCAUCAUCGACGAUCCCAACACCACCUCCGACGCCUACUCCUGGUCCGUCGUCGACAACAUCGCCGAGGACGCCGCCUCCACCCCCUUCCCCUGGGUCCUCACCGGUACUCCCGAGAACGUCGCCAAGGCCCGCGCCGUCGUCGAGAAGGCCCUCACAGCCGCAACCCAGCAGUCCGCCACCGGCUACCUCAUCCUGCCUGACCCAAAGACCUACCGCUUCGUCGUCGGCCAGGGCGGCAGCCAGAUCAACGCUAUCCGCCAGAAGACCGGGUGCCGCAUCACCGUGCCCAAGGACCAGGCUCUCGGCGAGGCAAUCCAGAUCCGCGGUAGCUCUGCCGGUAUCGAAAAAGCUAAGGAGAUGAUUCUGGAGGCUGUGCAGAACGGUCUUCGUGGUUCGUCGCGUUGA